UCAUUAUGUGUUUAACGCUGCCAACCACGCAAUAAGGCGCUAACAGUCCAUCUAUCGCUAACCCUACCCCGCAGUCAAAAGAAUAAAAGAAAAAACCGCUGCCCGCACGACCUCUCACCCCCUGCUCCUCGACCUCUCGCUCCCUGCUCCUCCUACCGCACCGUUCGCCGCCCCACAACCGCUCGCCGCUUCGCCGCCUUCCGCAGCCGCGCCCCUUCGCCGUCGCCCACCUACUGCCCUUCUCUCCCUGCACUUUUCCACCCUCACGCAGCCGCCGCCAGCGCCUUGUGCCCCAACGCCGCUAUCGCCAUCACCUCCUCCCCAUGGUCCGCGAGCUAGACGCGCUGCCGGGAAGAAUCCACCAUCUACGGCCUUGCGGCGCUCGCCGGGGACACCGCCGCCGCCGCCUCUAUCCUUUCCGGAUGCCUCUGUCUCCUCUCUACAGCGGCCUCCUCAUCUCUUCACGGCUGCUCCAGAGGUCGCCCCCUCGAGCAUCGCGUCCUCUUCUCCACCACCACCUCGCCGCCGCCUCCUCCCUUCGGUUCUCUCCUCGAAGCUCCAUCAAGUGGUCACUGCCGCUUGCUGCCUCUUCUCUCCUACAGGACGACGCCUCCCCAUCCACCAUCUGCCGCCGCUGAACUGGGUGGCAGUUGCGGCCAUGGGGGAGUAGGGGUGGCAUGGUCUUCAUGGUCGUUAUGUACAAGAAGACGAGGACGGCAGUGGGGGGAACGAGCAGCGAGGCCGGAGCUUCACUAUGGAUUUGAGGAUGCAACUCGCUGGCCACCAUCACCGUCCGCAAUCUGGGCUGCCCAUUUGCGUCUCUCCAUCUUCCUUCCCAAUACUUAACUUAGUUCUUUGACAGUCUAAUUUCAAUUUUGUCAAUUUAUGGCUUUUCUAGGCAAUGAUGUGAGACAGAAAAGAAGAGGAAGACGUUGGUGAAGGAGAGGGCAGCACAAAUGUACACCGCUGUGGCCAGGUUAUUUCAUACGACACAGCCACAGGUGAUGUACAUGAAUGACGGCAGAUGGUUGAGGAUUGAGGGAAUGUAGAUGCGACUAGCGAGCACUUACUCUGAGGUGCUUUCAGAUGAUGGUUUAAUAAGACUGUUUGGACAAAAUUCUGAUUUUUCAACACUUGUUCCAUGUGCGAAUAUUCUGGGAGCACCAACUCCAACUGCUGACAAGGUGAAGCUUAUGAUCAGUACAGCUUUGUUUGACAUUUGGCUGGGCUAAAAAAAAUAUCAAUGGGAGCUUUGGACGGCCCGAUUGCAUUAGUGCCUGUGGUUGCGAACGUGUAAGCCUGCAUCCUGUGAUCUUCUCUUUGACGGUUCGACUUUGCUUCCAUAUCUCCUCCUUCGGUCCUCCACAGCCUCCAUGACCAUUGUCCGUGCACAGCCGCCGUCUGCCGCAGCUUCGUCAAUCGUCCUUCUCAGGUGUCAGCGAUCUUAGGCGUGAGGAGCGAGCGACACACCGUUCCCGUCGACGCCGUCGUCCGUCGGCAUCCGGUAUUGCUGUACGCUAUACCUGUACUGAUUGUGAUUGGCGUCCCAUCCGACACCAGAACGAGAACCCCUUCAAUUUAAUGUGUUAGUCAUAGAUAUGGAUAUUGUUGACCAUAAAAAAGAACCUAUCAACAAGAGCACGAAGGUCAUGUCGUUGGAAGAGACUAAAACCUCAGCAAGUUCUAUACAGCCUACAGAUGCGCAGAUAGAAAUAGCCAAUUUACGUCAUACCAAACCAAGAAGAGCAAAUACAAAUAUUACACCACAAGAGAUGAGGUGCCUUAGGCAUGAUGAUGUGUUUUUGCAUGACGAUGUAAUAAAUGCAUAUAUAUACUGUAUAAGUGCCCAGGAGCAUCUGCAAGAUAGAGUGGGUGGAAUGGUACAUAUUGCAAGCACGUUUGUGUCUUCCCUGCUAAAGAACGAUGAGGUAGACUGGGCAACACAUCGCCACAUUGUAAAACGAGUGAAUGCUUUUUUGGAGCAUGACAUGGUAUUCCUUCCAGUUAACAUCAGAAAAUGCCACUGGUAUCUAUCAGUAAUCAAUGCGAAGAAACGAGAGAUACAGGUACUGGACUCGCUUGGAGUUGGAAUGAGCCGAAGUGACCUCACUAAGAUGUUACAAGGACUUGACCAGCAUCUAAAAAUCGCAUGCAAUAUGCCAGAGUUUAAGAGAGGUGAUAGGUGGCAGGACCUCGAUAUUACGAAUUGGAAAGUCGUAGAACAGCUCCAAGAGCCAAUCCAAACAGACGGGAGGACAUGAAAGAAUUUCGACGAAAGAUAAUUUGAUUAAGCGCAACUGGACAUGAUCUACUAGGUGUAAUUUCUGUGAUCGGGAUGAAACUAUCAAGCAUCUUUUCUUUGAUUGCCCGAUGGCGAGGGUGUUGUGGCGCUCGGUGCAAAUUGCCUUUAACAUUACUCCUUCAAAUUUGGUCAGGUCGUUUUUUGGAACGUGGCUGGUUGGUAUAGAGGCCGAAACAGCUAGACAAAUUUGAGUGGGAGCAUGUGCGUUGUUAUGGGCAAUUUGUAACUGCAGAAAUGACUUGGCUUUUAACAGAA